AUGGUCAACUUUUUCAACUUUGGGUCUGGCAAGCCAGUGCUAUGGCUUCAUGGGCUGCUUGGAAAUGCUUUAAAUUUGAGCAGCAUAGCCAAAGGAAUCGAUGGAAACCAUUUUCUAUUAGAUGCAAGAAACCAUGGAAGGAGUUUUCAUCAGCCAGGUAUGACAUAUAAAAUACUUUCUGAUGAUCUAUUUCGAUUUAUGGAUAAGCACAAUAUCCCAAGAGCAUCUGUGAUAGGGCACUCAAUGGGAGGAAAAACAGCUAUGUACGCUUGCUGCACCAGACCUGAAAGAUUUGAAAAAGUUUGCAUUCUUGAUGUAGCCCCUAUUUCUUAUACCUUUAUGAUGAAUCAGCGAUUCCCAGAGCUAAGGCAAUAUCUAGAGUACAUGAAAUCGUUGCACUUAGAAGGGAAAUCUAGAAAGCAAAUAGAAAAAGAAAUAGAUGACCAUUUCCAUGAUCAUCAUAUUACUGCGUUAUUGUCUUCAAAUAUGAAGAUGGAGAAGGAAGAUCAUUAUAUCUGGAGAAUAGGAUUAGAUAAUUUACUUCAAGGCUUAGAUGACAUUGCUGGAUGGGUAAAUCCUGAUGGUAGGUUUACAGGUGAAGUUCUAGCACUUUCUGGGGGAAAUUCUAAACAUACAAUAAGGAAUCCAUUACUCACAGACAAAAUAAAGCUGAUUGAUUUUUAUACACAGAUAAUGCCAAAUACACGAAUUCAAUCAGUAGUCGGUGCUGGGCAUUUUUUACAUGCAGAAAAGCCUUAACUUAACUUAACUUAACUUAUUAACCAUGACGUUUAACGUCUCCUACGGGUUGCUCUUCCAGGACUACCACCACGCUCUCGUCGCUCGGGGCCCACUAGUUGCUGGGAUAGCUAGCUUUGAUCUCCAACGCGCGCCUCCUGCGCGAUGUUCCGGCUUCGACGGCUCAUGAUUGAGCUACUUUCUCUGUAACGAGGGUUGUCUGCUGGGAAAUUCCAAAAAAUGGAAUUUCUGGCUGACUUUCGGCAAAAGAGGAAAACUUGUAGCCCGGGGCGAAACUCCCGGUUUCUCGCUAGAGAUUUGCCCGAAUGGCCUAGGGAUUACCUGUAGGCGCUGCUGGGCUUCUCCUUUCCAACCCCAAGCCUCCUCUUCCCUCGAGGUAAAAUCCUAACCUGAGAACGGACUGGGAUCAGGCUCUGUACACUGCCAGAAUUGCUUACCUGAUAUUGCUGUCCAUCUCUAGCUAGGCAAAACCUUGCCGGAUAUAAUUAAAUAGGGCUCGAAACUGUCUGGCCGAGAGGCCAGACCCAAGUUGAGACGCCAUAUUUAAUUAUACAUGCAGAAAAGCCAAAAGAAGUACAAAACAAAAUAAAAGAAUUUUUAACAGGCAGCUAA